AUGGAAAGUGAAAACAAAACGGUUGAAGAAACGAAAGAAAUUAAGGAGGAAAAAGAACUGAUUAACGAUUCGAAUACGAAAACGAUUGAGGAAAAAGAAGGGAAAACGGAAGCAGAAGCCGAAACUCCUGUUCAGCCACCCAAACCAGCCGUACACAAGCAAAAUUUUGAAAAAGAUGUCGUUUAUCUGUAUCAAUUUUCAAGAACUCCGGUCAUUCCAUCAAUUUCUCCUUAUUGCCUUAAGGUUGAAACUUGGCUUCGACUUGCCGGUAUUAAAUAUGAGAACGUUGAUCACAAAACGAAAUUGCGAUCGAAGAAAGGACAACUUCCCUUCAUCGAACUCAACGGUGAGGAAAUCGCGGAUAGCGCUAUCAUCAUCAAAGAACUGGCACAGAAAUUCGAAAAGGAUUUGGACGGAUGGUUGACAAAUGACCAAAAAUCUCACGCUCACGCUCUCACGUCCAUGAUUGAAAAUCAUUUCUUAUGGGUUGUGUUGGCGUGGAGGACCAAAUAUCCGGACUAUUUUGUCAAAGGCUACAAACUUAAUCUUCAACACGUUUUCGGUUCGAAAAUUCCAAAUGGAGUAUUGAAUUUUUUCUUUAAAUUUGCUGUCGUGCGAAAAAUGUUCUACCCCCAGGGAGCCAAAAAAGUUAAAGCGCAAGGAAUCGGAGUUCACAAGCCGGAAGAAAUUAUGAAAUUCGGUCAGGACGACCUUUUAGCUCUGUCCCAGUCAUUAGCCGACAAACCGUUUUUCUUCGGAGACGAGCCUACAACGGUGGACGUGGUCGCCUUUGCAAAUCUCGCUCAAGUUUAUUUUAUCGACAAGGAAGUACCGUAUCCGCUACGAGAGUACAUGAUUGAAAACUGCCCAAAUCUUGUGGGAUUGAUCAAUAGAAUAAAGGAAAAAUGCUUUCCCGAUUGGGAAGACAUAUGCAAAACUCUCGAUUUGAAUUCUCCCCUUCCGAAACCGCCACCGGAAGAAAAGGAACAAGAUCAAAAGGAAAAGAAAGACGAGAAAGAGAAUAAGGAAAAGGAAGCCAACAACGACGAGAUAGAAAAGGAAAAGGAGGAUGAGAAAAAGGAAAAGGAUAACGACAAUGAAGUGGAAGAGAACAAGUUAAAGGAAGAGAAAAAAGAAGGAGGAGGAAAGUGA